AUGUUCUCGGCAGAGGAGCGCCUGGCUUCGUUCUCUGUCGCUUCGUCGUCCACUUCCACGUCAGCAGCAAAGAAGAGGCAGUCCACCAAAGCAUCCUCUUCCUUAUCAUGGCCUCAUCCCGUCACUGGCCGCAGCGCCAAAACAUCAGGCAUCCCGACGCCAGCCACGCUCGCUGAGCAUGGCUUCUACCACACGCCAUCACAGGACGAACCCGACGCCGUCUCCCAUUUCCUCUACACUGACAUCCAAAUAGCCAAUUGGCAGUCCAGCGAUGAUCCGCUCUCAAGACUCGAAGACGCGAUUCCAGGCAAUGGCUGGUGUCGCAUCUUUCGCAGUCAACAAGCCGCUUCCCUGGACGGUGCGACCAGCACAUGGACCUGGCAAAUUGCCACGCUUCUACCUACCAGCAAAGAGAUGAUCUCAGCACGAAAGGAGACCUUCGGCUCGCAAUGGCCGUACGACGGCAAGAAGGGCUGGAAGCCCACCAGCAAGAAGCUCGCCGAAGCCGGCUUCUACUUUGCUCCUACCGACGAAGAACCCGACAACGCCAAGUGCGUCUACUGCAGCAAGUCGCUCGGCGGAUGGGAAAAGGCAGACGAUCCCGUUCACGAGCAUCAACGACGCGUUCCGGAUUGCGCCUUUUUCAACUGCGAGUUGCGAGAGCCGGCUCCGGAGCCGAUCGUCGAAGAAGACGCAGCUGAAGAGGAAGUCGAACCCGUCGAAGUGCCAAAGAAGGGCGGCAAACGUGCUGUGUCGACAACACGCAAAGCUUCGGUAAAGAUCGCCAAGGGAAAGAAGUCAGUCGCCGCUCUCGCAAAGAAGCAAGAGGGAGAAGAAUUGGACGAGGCGCCCGCGGGUCCGCAAGACGAGCCCAGGGCCACCGAAACCACGCCGAAGGAGCCAGGAGCAGAGUCAGCUGAGGUCGAAGCGCCAGCAAAGAAAGGAGGCCGCAAGGCUCGCAGCGUUUCGACAAAGAAGCUCGCCGCCAAGGCGCAAGUGGAAGAGGACGAGCCGAAGGAGGAUGAGCCCGCUGAGGUGGCUGCACCUGAGACACCAGUCGAGGAGCCGGUCCAGACGCUGAGCAAGAAGAAGAGCGUGACGGGUCUCGGCAACGGCACUGCCCCUCAAGCAGCACCAGCACGACCCGGUCGAGCUGCCAGCAGAAGAGCCACCAAAGCCAUCAACCUGCUCUCGGACGAAGGUCUCAACCGCAAACUCCGCAGACCCGAUGAAGAAGACCUCGCCAAGCGAGAGCUCGCUCUUUCCGAUCCCGUCGUUCCCUUCCCGACUGCACACAGCGAGGAUUCGCCCAUGCCUGCGACCGAUCCCGUCCAGCCCACCAAGCCCAAGAAGAGCCGUUCCAGGUCCAAGAAGCUCGACCAGGAAGCUGCGGUUGCCGCUCCGAAGGAACCGACUCCCGAGCCAGAGGUGGAGACACCCAUGGAGGAGGACUCGGUGCAAGUGAUCGAAGACAACACCGUCAUUGAGCACGACGAUGACGAGGCAGAGGAGGAGCCCGCGGAGGAGCCCAAGAGGCGUGGUGGUCGCGCAGCCAAGGCGACUGCGACAAAGAUUCCAGCCACCAAAGCAUCGGCAUCCACCACCAAGUCACGCAAGGCAUCAGCAAAAGCGACGGACAACGAUGAGGCGGAUGCAACGGUAGCGGACACAGUCGCGUUCCCGUCGAUGAGCUCGGAAGCGGAUCCGGAGCCGGCUCAGAAGCGCUCUUCUGGCACUGCCUCGAAAGCGGUGGCCUCGGCGAAGAACACAUCCAGAGAAGCAGCUCCCAGCAGUGGCAGUGGAAAGUCUUCCGCCUCGUCUUCGUCCAAGCGCGGUCCGACCAAGUCAAGCCCUCUCAUCUCGGAAGUCGAAAUCGAGCCUGCUUCUGCAGACAGCAUCGACAUCGUGCCCGAGACCGACCUCGAUACCGACGCAGCUCUACCGAACACCGGCUCGCAAGCCACCAUCCGUGGCGCUCCUCGAUGGUCCUCCAUUGCAGCCAUGGCACCGAGCACCGGCCGCAGUCCACUCUCGCAUCUGCCGCAGCUGUCAAAGCUGGAUCUGGACGAUUCGCAGCGGGCUAUGACGCUGGGAGAGUGGCUGCAGGCGAAAGCAGAGGCAGCGGCGAUCGAGAUGCGUGCCGAAGGGGAAGCGCAACUGGCCGACCUGGAGAACCAGUUCCGCACUGGCAGGGUGACCAUGGAGAGGAGGUUGCGUGGGCGAGCUUAG